CAAAAGUGAAAGUGAAAAAUUCCAUAUGCCCCAACGGCCGAACAUUUGGCUCCUUAUAUUCCACCAACAAUCCAACCCAAACCCAACCCACCAAUCGACCCAUGGCUAGCUUGUGGAGGACUGUGUCGGGCCAAACUAAUCAACCCAGCGACUACGACGGCGUCGAGUUCUGGUCAAAUCCUGAGCGAACCGGUUGGUUGACAAAACAAGGCGAGUACAUUAAAACAUGGCGUCGCCGGUGGUUCGUUUUAAAACAAGGCAAACUCUUCUGGUUUAAAGAGUCAACUGUCACACGCGCCUCGCGUCCACGUGGCGUCAUCCCCGUGGCGUCGUGUCUGACAGUCAAAGGAGCCGAAGAUGUUCUUAACAAGCAGUACGCGUUUGAGCUGAGUACGAGGACGGAGACGAUGUACUUCAUCGCCGAUUCAGAGAAGGAGAAGGAGGACUGGAUUAACUCGAUCGGACGGUCGAUAGUUCAGCACUCGAGAUCGGUGACGGAUUCGGAGAUCGUUGAUUACGAUAGCAAGAAAUGAUAGGUGAGGUUCUAGUUUGGUCUGGCCUUGUGGCAAUGGUUAGUUAAACAUGUUUUGUUUGUUUGUAUUUUGUAUAUCGUGUUACUUAAUACUUCAAUUGUGUUAAAUAAAUUUGUGAUUGUUAGUUUUUGUUUCUAAUUGUAAUGUUUAUUAUUAUGGUAAAUGAAUUACUCAAACUGUUGUAUGGAAUUUAUGUGAACCUGAAAUGAAUUUUUCAUUUUAGAUUCUGUACUGUUA